AUGAGCAGCCAUUUACAGCAGCAACAAGCAGCAGUGCAAGGCCCACGCACGACAAUGCAGCGACAGCGUCGACGGCGUGUAGAUAUCAAGCCUUCGUCACACAAGGUGACGUUAGAUCAAGGCAUUAUGCUGUUUGAUCCGAGUGAUCUGAUGCCUAGCGUUGGAUUGAAGCCAGCAUUGAAAGUGGAGCUGCAGGAGGAUAACCAGGACGUCGAUACGAAGAAAGAAGAAGAAGAAGAUGAAGAAGAUGAUGAUGAUGAGGGACAGGAGAAUCAAGAGCAGGAUCUUAUUAUAGACUCGGAUUCUCCAGCUGCAAAGCAGGCAAGACUACGUGCGCAUGUAAUUGAGGAGAUCUGUGAGACCGAAAAGAGCUACGUGAGUGAUAUCCGUGCACUGAAUGAUCAUUACAUUGUGGCACUGGAAGAAAAGAGUCAUCCAAUCAUGGAGGACGCGCAGAUUGCUGUGUUCUUUAAUAACUUGAGGCAUCUUGUUAUGCUGAAUUCCAAACUGCUUACUGAUUUACAGAUGAUUAUGGAUCGUCCACCUGUAUCUACAUCUAAGAAAAAACACAUUGAGAAAGUGGCUGCUAAUGGUAAACGUAUGAAAAGCGUCAAAAGUCCAGCUGCAGUAGCAGUGCAAUGCGAAGCGGAAGGAGUUGGUGCUGUUUUUUGUCGAUAUGCACCACUGUUUAAGCUCUAUGGAGGGUACGCCAAGGACUACGAAGAGGUGGCAGCUCUACUGCAGAAUUUUGGACGCGACGCUCGUUUGGGUUUCUCAACCUUCUUAGAAACCUGUCGAGCAAAAAGUGGCUCAUUGAAGCCGUUUGAGAGCCUGCUGAUUAUGCCGAUUCAACGUAUCCCACGUUACAAGUUGCUUUUAGAGCGCCUGUGCGAGCUUACGCCACCUGAACACCCCGAUGCAGCUUUUCUUACGGAGGCAGUAAAUCGAAUACGCAGUGCAGCAUCACUUAUCAACGAGACUGUGCGCCGCCAGGAAAACCUAGAAAUUGUGCUCCAGGCUCAACAGAAAUUCUCAGGCCAGCUCUCACUGUUCACAGCAGACAGAAGAUUAUUGAAGUCGGGUAAACUAACCAAGAUGUCUACGAAGCGACAGGAAGACGUCAUGAUGCAUCUUUUCAACGAUAUUCUGCUGUAUAGUGGUGUUCUAAUUACCGGCGGCUACCGUAUCCGACGAAUUGUUCACUUGCAUUCUAAGGCUGUUGGCGUCAAGACAGAACUACCCGCAUCGGUUCAAGCACUUUUUAACCAGCAGUCAAGACGUCGCGCCGGCAAAGACUGCGGCUUCGUCGUUACUAGUCGAGAGAAGACUUUUGUCUUGUUUACAGAAACCCCCGAGAUGCAGCGUGAGUGGGUCGAAGCCAUUUCAUGUGCUGUGACAGAAGCCCAGAAGCGAAAACAGCCUAUAGAUGGCGAAGAUGGUGACCGCGACGGUAAUAAUCCUGAGACGUGUGAGGGACCUGCUGACGCCGCAGCUUUAUGGGUUCCUGAUGAUGUUGCUGGGUCGUGCAAUAUCUGCAAUGCAUCUUUCCGUGCAUACUAUCGAAGGAGGCAUCACUGUCGCCGGUGUGGAACCGUGGUAUGCGACGCCUGCUCUACAGGACGUGCACCGCUAUUCGUUGGUGAAUCGUCACGAACUGAACGUGUCUGUAGUCCUUGCUUUAAGGUCCUUGACCUAGUGCGUCAAAUUGCAUUGCACUGGUUAUCACGGGUCGUAGAAUUUCGCGGUGUGCUACGCCGUCGACGAUUUAAGAAGUGGACUGAGCACUAUUACGAGCUUCGCGCAGGUGUGCUCAAGCAGUUUUCGCUAGAAACAGCACUAACAGGUGCUACGCCAGGCGACCAGAACAGUAACCCUCCGGGGUUAAACAGCUCUGGAAAUGGAGGACCGGCGGUUACUGUAAGCCCAACAAACAGUAAAACAUUUCGGUGCUGCACGGACGAGCUUUCUCUCGCGGGUGCCAUUGUGAUCCAUCGAUCAGACAGUCGGGUACACAAAAAUCGUUUCUGCUUUCAAAUAUCAACUGCCGAGUACGAUGAGACGCAGUCCAAGGUCAAAGUGGACACCAGCGGGCAGCACAAAGCAAGCCCAAGGCGUUUCAACCAAGCCUCAAUGUGGUCUAUGAACAAAGUUUCUCCAUUCAAACAAGCUGUCAACCUCUUUGGUCGUCGGCGAGAGUCUGUGAUUCCACUUAUAAGGCCUGAUUCGUCCAGCGAAAUGCCUGCCUCGAUGGUUUUGCCCUCACCGGUUCAUCCUGCACCAUCCUCAUCGCCAACUUCGUUUUCUUCCUCAGCGAACGCUACAUUACAUGAGAACGAGUGGAUUUUGUGUGCUACGACCAUCCAAGAAGAGGUGGCAUGGCGCGUUGCAGUUCAGAGCUCAGCGGACAAAGCAUUGCAUCGCAUGCGACGUUCUCGCGUCACAAACUUUCCAGUUUCACUUACACAGAGCGGCAUCUUAAGCUUGAAUAUCAGUGUACCUCAAAGUACUAUUCGGGCCUCGAUGUCGAUGAUUUCGAACUCCAGUUUUAUCGGCUCAGUCGAAAGGCGACGGUUGUCGUCCCUUGAUCGUUGCCCUACCACGGACGCCGAGCUGUCGAUGGAGCUUGCUCAUGCUGCAGGAGAGGACCGUGACGCAUAUUUGCUUGAGCGCCGCCGCCGCCACAUUCUAAAAGAGAUUAUUCGCUCCGAGAAAAGCUACGUCCAAUGCUUGAGUGAGUGUAUUCGUUUGUUUGUUCAGCCUCUGCUGCUCCGGCAACUUGAAGGCCGGAAAAUGCAUCGACGUCGCCAAAACAAACGCAGGGGAUCCCUCCGCCCCGUGCUUGGGGGUCCCUUGACUGCUUCUGCUCGAGUUACUGCAGACCACCGUCGACCAGCGAGUAGCAGCAACGUUGGCGCUAGUCUCAAGCGAAGCAGUGGCAGCAGCAACAGCUUGCACUUAGUGCUGAAUGCUUCUUACAGUGUAGCAGCAGCAGCGUCGUCGUCGUUAUCGACGACUUCAGCCCCAACACCCACGAUACUGGUCAUGGACGCUGAUCUGUCUAUCUUUUUCAGCAGUGUAGAUCAAAUCUAUACGCUAAACCAGCAACUUCUCGACCAUUUGUCUCGCCACCUCGAAGAAACCAGCACAACGUCACUACUUGUAUCUCAAAAUGAAAGUGGCCACGAUAAGCGACGGGAAGCUAAAGCACGUGAUUUUUCUGGAGUACGGGUGCAUCGGGCCGGAGCCAUCUUUCACGCGUACGCUCCUUUAAUGCAACUGUACACCUCGUAUGCAAGUCGUCACAGCGCGGCACUAGCUGCUUUGGACUCGCCCCAAUUUGCUGGAUUUCUACGUGAGUUGCCACCCGAGGCAGACGUAAACCGUUUGAGGCGCUACCUAAACAUGCCCAUGGAGCGGAUUCCGCGUUACAAAAUGCUUCUUCAAGAGCUUUUAGGGUCUACGCCACCCGAGCACGUAGAUUUUGUACCGCUGCAGUCAGCAAUACUAAGUGUGGAUCGAGUGGCGAACAAGAUCGAGGAGAUCAGCGAGAUACGUGAGAACGCGCGUACUCUCGCGACUGUGAGCGAAAAGGUAGGUAUCGAUCUCUCUGGCCGACACUUUAUUCGAGACGGAAUGCUGCGCAAAGUGUGUCGCAGUAAGGUGCAAAUGUACUACUUCGUGCUGCUGGAAGACGCUAUGGUGUAUGGGCGCCAAGGUGGUCUUCAUAAGAAGUUCCACUUGCUUGAUCUUUGGGAGUGCAAGGUAGCAGAUGAUACGGAGACCAUGCCAGGUGCCAUUACGACUGCCACGAACUCAAACAACGCCUUCUGCUUCUAUUCCCCUCUAAAGUCUUUUAUCUUGCUGACACAGUCAGAAAAAGACAAAGUCGAAUGGACAACUGACAUUCUGAAGUGCAUUGACCGAAAUCUCAGUGGUAAGACUCAUCCACGUCGCACUAGCCUUCGUUCGGAGCUACUAACGGACAAUGACGACGAUUCCUCUAGUGGCUACGAGCUGGAAGGAGGCUUUGCCAUCAAAAACGGAUGGCUAAACGUCUCUGGUGGCGCUGUGAUGAAUGGUUCUGGUGAUAGCAGCACGACUGCUUCCAGCCCAAGUAUGAGCAGCAAUGUUGGCAAAAAAUCUCGAAGGUUGUGGAUCACGCUGACACUGCAAACUAUCUCAUUGGGCUCCACGUUUAAGAUCACGCAACCUGAGGAAACAAUUCCCAUCGAAUUGUGCGAGGUGGCCCCUCUCACGAAUAAAACGUGCUUUCAUCUACAGUAUCUAACUGACACGACGAUGCGUGUGCAGACGACGUACAUAUUCGAGGCGCUGUCGUUGGGAGAGAGAGAUGAAUGGGUGCGAGCGUUGAGGCAUUGUAUAUCAGGGGGUGACGAGCUGGCUUUACGUCGUCGUAGUCUCAAGACGGCGACACUGGCUCCGAUCUUUAUGUUUGAUAAGGUUUCAAACGUUUGUACCAACUGCACGCACACUUUUGCAGUGUAUCGUCCACGUCACCAUUGUAGAUUAUGCGGGUCGCUCGUUUGUGGUAAUUGCUCGAAACGGCGGUGGACGCUAUCGUACAGCUUAAGUAAAAAGGCAUCGCGUGUCUGUGAUAGCUGCGCCGUGUCAGCCAUGAGCAUUUCGCGGACGUAUCCUGCUGAAGUGUGA